AUGGCUGUCGCCGCCAUCCUCACACUCCUCCUAGGAGCCCUCCUCUCCUUGUGUCUCUACCGACUUUACUUCCACCCUCUAUCCAGAGUCCCCGGGCCAAAACUCGCAGCCUGCACGUCCCUAUGGCUCGCCUACCAUACUUACAUUGGGGACGAAUGCACCGUCGUAUUCACAUUACACAAAAGGUACGGCCCCGUGCUCCGCGUCGCACCUAGCGACGUCGACAUCGCAAACGGCGACGCAAUUGAUCCCAUUUACAUCAACCGGGGCGGCUUUCCCAAGACCGCCGUGUACUCAAAGUUCGACAUCGACGGCCACAAAACCAUCUUCUCGACAUUGACCCUGCCGGAGCGGGCGAGUCGCGCAAAGGCCGUCGCCCCGCUGUUCUCUACGGCCUCGAUCCGUAAUUCCCAGAACAGCUUACUCCAGGUUGUCGACGACUUCGUUGAGCGGCUCCGCAGCGGUGCGAAAUCUGGCCAGCCCGUGAAUGUGCUCCAGCUUGCCAGGGCUCUGGCCAUUGACGCGGUAAGCUCGUAUCUGUUUCAUGAGAGAUAUGGCGCUCUUAAAGAGAGCGUGCAAGUCAUGUCUGCCUCGCCGUUCGUCGACGCGUAUGUCGGGGUAGGCGCAUUCUUCAACUUCACAUGCGGUAAAGUAGGCGAGUACCUAGUCGGUCUCCUCGAACAUCUGACCCAGUCCCUAGAAACAGCAAAAUCAUUCACAGCCAUGGACGAAUAUACUAGCGGGCUCAUCAAGAGAUCUGUCCCCCAAAGCGGCAGCUACCAGAGCCGACUUCUUGAGAAGGUCUCGCCGAGUCAAGCUCAAAUCGAAGUAAAAGAUGUCUGCUUCGCGGGGACAGAUUCAACAGGCAUGGCGACUGCUACUAUUAUCUGGUAUCUGACAAAGUAUCCUGAAAUAUACACCCGCCUCCGCACAGCCCUCCAAACAACCUCUACGCCAGCUGACCCCGCUUCAACCCCAUACCUCCGCGCCGUAGUCCGCGAAGGGCUCCGUCUCGCCUGGGCAAACCCAAUCCGCCUUCCUCGCGCCGUCCCAGCCACUGGCUGGACUUACAAAUCCCACUUCUUCCCACCGGGUACAAGCGUCGGCGUAUCGACUUUCGAACUACACCAGGACGAGAGCGUCUUCCCUGAACCACAAAAAUUCAAGCCUGAACGGUGGCUGGACCCGACUGAUGCGAUGCUGAACAACUUUUUUGCCUUCGGCAAGGGGACGAGGGCUUGCAUUGCGCAGAAUCUGGGGCUUGCCGAGGUGACGUUGGCAAUUUGGAAGGUUGCUGAGGGAGAUGUAUUGAGAGGGGCGAGUAUUGUUGGUGGCGAUGAUAGUAAGAUUGAGAUAUUGGAGUGGUUUAAUUCGAGGGUUAAGGGGGAGGAGAUUCUUGUUCAGUGGGGUGAUGGUGCAGUGGAAAGGGUACUAUGA